AUGCCUCCAGGAUUUGACGCGGCGGACAUUGAGGAUGACCCUUCAUCCAAGUAUCGAGGCGUCUCAGGGCCUCACGCCAGCCUUAAGGAGAGACUUUCGCAUUUUACAUGGUCGAACUUUGCCUGCACGAUGUCUACAGGAGCGAUUGCUGUUGUGAUAGCUGGGCAGCCUUUCCAGUUUAGGGGCUUGAGAACCAUUGGCAAGAUCUUCUUCAUCCUCGACAUAGUGUUGCUAGUAUGCUUUAGCAUGGCAAUUUCUUACCGUUUCUGGAUGAACCCGCGGAAAAUCACAAAGUCGUUACACCAUCCACCAGAAGCACUAUUUUUUGGAAGUUUCUGGGUGUCUAUCGCUCUUGUUUUGAACUGCAUGCAGCAGUAUGGCGUGCCGAGUUCUGGGCCAUGGCUAGUAUCGACACUCGAGGUUCUAUUUUGGCUGUACGCUGGUUGUGCACUACUCGUGGCUAUCUUCCAAUAUCUGACCCUUUUCGUUGCGGAAAAGAUGCCAGUGUCCUCGGCGUUGCCAGCCUGGGUGUUCCCCGUGUACCCUUUCCUAGUUAUCGGACCACUUGCAGCGGUUAUAAUUCCUAAUCAACCACUGGAAUCUGCGCUUCCUAUAUUCGUUGGCGGUAUCGUCUUUCAAGGCUUGGGCUGGACGGUUGCCAUGUUUAUGUACAGCAUUUACCUUGCAAGACUCAUGUCAAAUACACUACCAGCACCUUCGACACGACCUGGCAUGUUCAUCUCUGUUGGGCCUGCUGGAUAUACGUCUGCAGCACUUGUCGCCUUAGGAAACCAAGCAACGUCAGUGAUUCCUUCGAGCUUCUUGAGCUUACCCGACUUUGAUGUCGGUGCUGCUAUCAAGGUCAUGGGUGCAAUGGCCGGCAUGUUCCUCUGGCUAGUGGCGUUCUGGUUCUUUGCUCUGUCGCUCGUGGGCGUUUUGGCAGGAGCGAGACAAAUGACAUUCACACUAAACUGGUGGGCUUUCAUCUUCCCUAACGCUGGCUUGACCUUAGCUGCAAUCCAGAUUGGGAAUGCAUUGGACAGUGAUAGUAUCAGAGGAGUUUGUUCGGCAAUGACUAUAUUGCUUGUCAUGGCCUGGAUCUUUGUCGCCAUAUCUCACAUCAGAGCCUUAUUCCGCAAACAGAUACUGUUCGAAGGGAAAGACGAAGACGAUGGCAUGGUAUUGUGA